CAAACCGUCCAAUCUUCCAUCGCUGAUUUCAUACUUCCCAGCUUCCCAUCUUCUCAACAACCCGAAUUCAAUUUACGUACUGUCUACUCCUCCUCCUCCCCUUCUUAAUUAAUUGCUCCUCCUUCACCAUAAUUUAAUUUCAUUCAAACCCAGCCAGCCUCACUAGAUUUCUGUUAUUGAUCCGAAAAUUGCCCGUAUAUAUACGCCGAGAUUCUCGCAGUUCAUCUGCUUAUAAUCCGAUCGCGCGCUGUAAUGGAUCCAAAGCAGGACACCGUGCCGAUGAAUAGUCAAGUCGCUUCCGACGGCCCCGUCCCGAGUAAGACCGCCGCACGGCGGAGGAGGACGGCGUGCUUGGCUUUCGGAGCGGCGGCUGUCUUGGUGGCGUUAAUCCUCGUCGUACUGGGCUUCACCGUCUUCAAACCCAAAAAGCCGACCACCACCGUGGAAUCAGUUUCACUCAGCGAUUUCAAUUUCUCCAUCGAUUUACUGCCCCCGGCCGUCCACAUCAACCUCACGCUCGACGCGCGCGUCGCCGUCCGGAACCCUAAUCGCGUCGGGUUCAAGUACGACAACAGCUCCGUGCUGCUCAAGUACAGGGGCGAGGACGUGGGCGACGCGCCGAUCCCCGCCGGGAAGAUCGGCGCCCGGCAGACGAUCCCGAUGAAUGUCACCAUAACCGUCAUGGCGGAUCGGCUCCUCUCCAACGGGAAGCUGCUCUCGGACGUCUCCGGCGGAACGGUCCCGCUCUCCACCUACACCAGAAUCACCGGUACAGUUCGGAUCCUGUUCAAAAUUCAUGUGAAAUCAGUUAGCACUUGCGAUUUGUCCAUUGACGUCGGCAGUAGAAGUGUCGCGAAACAGAACUGUGAGUACAAGACUAAAUUAUAGAUCGAUCUGCCAGCAGCUUUGAUUUGUUUCCUUCCUUGUGGACGACUGCGGAUUUAGAUUUACGUACAUUCCAAUACUUUUCAAUUCAUAGAGAAUUAGAAGAUGCAUUAUAUACAUGCCAUGUAAAAUACUCCCACUCUCCCAACUUUUUGAGCCUUAUUUACUUGGUAAAUUCUUGAGUGAAGAUCCACAUGAAAUUCAUAGACCCUUUUAAUAGUUAAUUUUUCGUCCCAAAAUAAUUUACUUCUUUACUAUCAUGAUUUCUUGAUAACUCUUGAUUUACUUGUUUUGUAUAACUCUUGAUUUAGUUUUUAAAUAUGUAAAUUUUAUUUUUUAUUUCUAUACUAAUAUCUAAACAAAAUUAUUUUAAAAGCCACACGAUUUUGCACAUCUUUAGAAUAGUGAACCAGCAAAUGACCAGCAAUAUCAGUCUUUUUUGUUUUUUUUUCCUUCAACACAGAGAGUAAUAACUUAACACAAAAGUUACAUUGUACAGAUGCCUGCCCCCGGCAAACAGAAACACACUUAGCUUUCAGGUAAAAAUUAUAAAGGGGGGGGGGGGCGCUAAAAUAUCUAAACAAGUUAAUGUUUUGUAUGACUUA